UCUGGGGUGAUCCUCACAUUGUCACAAUGGACAACAAGAACUACACUUUCAACGGUCUCGGCGAAUACAUCAUGGCUGAUGUUCAGAACGGGUUUUUCCAGCUGCAAGCCAGAACUGCAAAAGCAUUAGGAGACAUAGCAACGGUCUUUUCUGCAGCGGUUGCUCAGGAGCAGAGUACAAGUAAAAUUGAAGCUCGAUUGAAGAGUUCAGGAGAUGGUCUAGACUUUUUUAUCGAUGGGUCAGCCUUUGAUUACAGCAGCAUUACAAAUGGCUCAAUAGAUAUCGGGAAUUUGUCCAUCUCUCGCGACGAGAACGAUGGAGUAACAGCCACCUUCCCAUCAGGCAUCUCUGUCUCGUUCAGCCAAGUUAAAGGGAUGAUGGCAAUCGUAUUCGCGGCACCUGAAUCGUUUAAGAACAAGACGAGAGGACUUCUUGGGGUCUGGAAUGAUGAUUCUAACGAUGACUUUACUCUUCCUAAUGGCACGAUUAUUCCUGUGUCCUCUAGCGACAGAGACAUCCAUUAUAAGUUUGGUCUUAAAUGGCAAAUCACUGCUAAUCAGUCGUUAUUUACCUACGCGGCUGGUCAAGGUGUAGACACGUUCAAGAACACUUCAUACACACCCCUAUUUGCUGAUGAGCUCAAAUUCAAUGACUCGGCACUUGAAGCCAAAGCAAGAGAAACAUGUGGUUCUAACCUGGCCUGUCUAUUCGAUAUUGCUGCUACGAAAGAUACCUCUGUUGGACAAGCCACCUUGAAGACAUCCCAGAAGCUUGUUAAUGAGUCAAAUCAACUUGAAAAUUUCCCUCCAACAUUGGUGAAUCCUAGCUCUACGAUCAUGCUGAAACUCGGUGAGAUGAAGGAAUUUGACCUGGUUGCUAAUGACACAAAUGGAGAUCCAGUUGUUUUCCUGCCGCCAUCUUUUCCUGGAUUACAAACCUCCUUAGCGUCUGAAAACACCUUGAAUAUCAAACUGAAAUUAUCCACUACAAAUAAGGUUAAUUUCACCAUCGUGGUAAGGGACUCGAAAGGCGCAUCACUGAUCUGGAACCCGACUCUAACAUUAUGCGCAUGCCAAAAUGGGGCAAACUGCUCUCAACCAAACAAUCUCAACGGUGAUAAGUUCCUAGUGAUGUUAUGCAAAUGUGCAAGUGGUUACUCUGGCAAGUUUUGUGAAAGCGAACUCAACGCCUGUGAUUUCAAUAGUGGACCUUGCUAUCCUGGAGUUGUUUGUACCGAUCUUCCUCCCCCUAGCGGCAAGCAGGGCUAUACAUGCGGGCCUUGUCCCGCGGGACACUCGGGCAAUGGUGCCAAUUGCACAGAUAUCGAUGAAUGCCUCGACUCUAUAACGUGUUCACAGCUGUGCAUAAAUACUCCGGGCUCAUACUUAUGUCAGUGCAAUGAUGGAUACAUACUCAACAAAGACGGGAAAAWUUGUGAUGACAUCGACGAAUGUCAAAGACCAGGGACAUGCAUGCAAAGAUGUACCAAUUCUCCUGGGAGUUAUAUCUGCACGUGUGACCCUGCCUUCAAGGUGGAUCCAGCCGAUCCAAGCAAAUGUGUUCCGAAGUCUCCGUGUUCUGCAAGCGAUAAUGGCUGCCAGCAUGUCUGUUACAUGGAAAACAAUCAAAAGAAAUGCUCUUGUAACGAGGGAUACAAACUACAGGACGACGGAAAGAGUUGCAAAGACAUCGAUGAAUGCCUGGAGAAAUCUUGUACUCAGAACUGUGAGAACACYGACGGCGGAUUUAAGUGUAUCUGCAAACAGGGAUAUAAUCUCAAAGGAGACAACUAUACUUGUGAAGAUAUCAACGAAUGUGCUCAAGGCAAUUACAAUUGCAGUGACCCCUUCCAGCAAUGUAUCAAUAUCGACGGUGGAUACAAGUGUGAAUGUGAACAAGGUUCUUACUGGUCUGGUAGCUCUUGCAAAGAUAUUGGAAACCAAACGGAAGUGGAGUCUGAAGCACCAACGCCACGAAAUGCAAGCCUAGAAGAAGAGGACCAAAGUGUGGAGAUUCGAAUCAAGAACAUGCCAAAGAAUAAGUGGAAAGCUACAAGAGAUAAAGAAUUCAAGAGAACUGUUGCUUCAUUAGUCUCUGCAUACUGCAAGAUAAAUCGAGAAAAAUGCGGACUUCCAAAGGAAACCCAAGAAAGAACAAGAGGUGUGGGUGAAGACGAUUUGUACACUGAGUACACUGAAAACCUAGUUCACCUGUUGCCUGGAUAUCCAAAACAAGAUGGCGCAGAUUUGAUCAUUGUAUUCUAUGUUCAAAACCCUCCUGGUGUCAUUGAGGCUACAGUGGCAGUACCAGUUAACGUCGCGGUAGAAAUCCUCAAGGAUAACAAAGGAAAGGUUGAGGAUUCUUUGGAGGGCAGAACAGUGGCUUACAUAAGGCCCUAUAAGCAAACUGAAGCUCCUAAGACCACAAAGACCUGGGUCUGGAUUGUGGUUGGUGUCUGUUGUGGUGUAUUCAUUAUCUUGGCUAUUAUCUUGGUUUUCAUUCUUAUAAAAAGGAAACGCAGAAAGACCAGGAAAAUAAGUAUAUACGGAAUGAUGAAAUAGGUUUGGUUAAAGAUCAUGACAGACAUAUGGAACAGAAAUCAAGACUACUAAGUACAGAAGAGAUUGAAAUGAAAAAAUAAUCAAAAUGGUAAAUAAGGCUUUUAAAACACAAUAGCAAAAGGCUUCCCACUUGUUAACCUCAGUUAAUUUAAAAAGUAUUAUAAUCUUGUCUAGUUUUUCUUACCAAAUUGGGUAGUUAUUCUAUUCAUCCCCCAUAUUGGUUGCAAGAUUUAUAUUCAUUAGUAUCUUUUGUUCAGGCCUGAAUCUCAGAAUGGGCCAUUGUUGCCUAGACUACAAAAUCAUAUACAUGUAAGGCACGAGGAACAAAAGAUGUUUGCAACAAUACUAAACCAGAAUGCACCACAUUAAAUGCAUCCAAAAACCUCUCAAUAAAAGUAGAUCAAGCAAAAAAAGGGAGACAUUUUGUCCCACAAGCACGACAAAUCAGCUAGAAUAUCUCAGAAUUUAAAACUCUAAUCAAUAUAUUAUCAAUUGUUUUAAUUGUUUACUGUCGUUUGAAAAUGAAAAUUUGGCUUGAACAUAGAAAAGAUAUGAUAUGUUGGACAACGUUCGACUUCAUUUAAAUAUGAGGUCUUAUCAUAUUGACAAAAUGCUUUCACCUAUAAUGCCUAAUAAAUCCAUGACCAAAGUUACUUUUAUUUAUACCAAUCAAUAGAGCAGAGCAUUUAUCUAUAAUCAUAUAGUUAAAAAAAAAACAUUAAUAUACACUGCACUUAUAUUGCAUUCAGAUGUUAAUUAAAUUUCAUGAUAUUUAACUUAAUGAAAAACUUGAAAUUUGAAGUCUACAGUAUAUCUGUAAGUUUUUGGAAAAACACAUGAAAUUCAAAAGAGAUUUUUUUAUUGUGAGUCUUAACUUUAAACAGUUUUGCAAUGGUCAAGUGUUCUAAACUUUACCAGACCAAAUCAAUAAUUGCUCCUGCACUAAUAUCACACAGUUCAAAAAGGUGUUGUUGAUCGACACAAAAUAUUAUAACUUUCUGCUGGUCUUAAUCGCUGCAAAACAUUAUCAUAAAAUGUAUGCAAUAUUCUGAAACCAAUUUCAUAUUUCAGUAAAACAUUUAACUUAUUGAACUGUAAUGAAUUGGUUCUACAGAAUCAAUUAUCUAUAAAUUAAUCUA